GUGAACAUAGCUCAACGUUAAUUAGCUACUAAAAAAAACUAAGGGGAUAAUUGCCCGAUCUUUUUUCUACACUCCACACCGAAAUUGGGAUGUAUAUUACUUACUUGUUUUUUGUUUUUGCAUGCAACGCGUGGUAACGCGACAGAUAAAAAUGGCGAACGUGACUCGAUUGUGCCAUAGGAAGAGCUUGGUGACAGUGAACGGGAAGUUCCCAGGGCCUCGUGUUGUCGCUAGAGAAGGCGACAGGCUGGUUAUUGAGGUGGUCAAUCAUAUUUCUAAUAACAUCUCCAUUCACUGGCACGGUGUGCGACAACUGCAGAGCGGGUGGGCGGAUGGGCCGUCGUAUAUUACACAGUGCCCGAUUCGGAGCGGGCAGAGUUACGUGUACAACUUCAGCAUUGUGGGGCAGAGAGGAACUCUGUUUUGGCAUGCUCACAUUUCAUGGCUUCGAGCCACAGUCUAUGGCCCUCUCAUUAUACUUCCUCAACGCAAUGCUUCUUACCCUUUUCCCGAACCUUACAGAGAGAUUCCAAUUCUUUUGGGGGAGUGGUGGAACGCUGACCCGGAAGCUGUGAUUAGCGAAGCUCUUCGGACUGGAAAUGGCCCAAAUGUUUCUGAUUCCUAUACAAUCAAUGGACUUCCUGGGCCAUUCUAUAAUUGCUCCAACAAUGAUACUUUUAGACUAAAGGUGAAGCCAGGAAAAACCUACCUUCUCCGUCUGAUCAACGCUGCACUCAAUGACGAGCUGUUCUUCUCCAUAGCCAACCACUCCGUCACCGUCGUCGAAGCCGACGCCGUCUACGUAAAGCCCUUCUCCGUCGACGUCCUCGUAAUCUCCCCCGGCCAAACCACCAACGUCCUACUCCACACCAAACCCACCGCCCCAAACGCCGCCUUCUUCAUCCUAGCCCGCCCCUACUUCACCGGCCAAGCCCCCAUCGACAACUCCACCGUCGCCGGAAUCCUCCAAUACCACCACUCAAAUCCCCGCCGCCGCCUCCUCCACCCGAUCCUCCCGGCCAUCAACGCCACGUCAGCAACCACCAAUUUCUCCCGCAAACUCCGGAGCAAGUUCCCGCCCAACGUCUCACAAUCCAUUGACGAACAUUUCUUCUUCACCAUUGGGUUGGGGAGCAGCCCUUGCCCCAAGCAUCGGACCUGCCAGGGCCCCAACGGCUCCAAAUUCGCCGCCGCCGUCAACAACGUCUCGUUUUCGGACCUCCCCUCCACGGCCCUCCUCCAGGCCUAUUUCUUCGGCCGGUCUAACGGCGUGUACACGGCGGACUUUCCGAGGGUCCCGGGCCGGGAGUGGAACUACACCGGCGCGCCGCCGAACAACACGGCGGAGGAAAAGGGGAGGAGGGCGGUGGUGGUGGAGUUUAACGCGAGGGUGGAGGUGGUUCUGCAGGGCACGAGUGUUUUGGGGGCGGAGAGCCACCCGGUUCAUCUCCAUGGGUUCAAUUUCUACGUGGUGGGGGAAGGAUUUGGGAACUUCGAUCCGGAGAAAGAUCCUGGGAAUUAUAAUCUUGUGGAUCCUGUGGAGAGGAACACCGUUAGCGUGCCGUCUGGUGGAUGGGUCGCCAUUCGUUUCCUUGCUGAUAAUCCCGGUGUUUGGCUGAUGCACUGCCACCUCGACGUCCACCUCAGCUGGGGCUUACGAGUGGCUUGGAUCGUCCUAGACGGGGAGCUCCCCAGCCAGAAACUUCCACCGCCACCGUCCGAUCUUCCCAAAUGUUAA